UUUGAUCUCGAACUGUACCCUGUUUUUAACUCGGCAUUUUUCAACAGCAAGAUUCAGAGUAACAGUAUUAUUUCCUUCAUUCGGUAGGUAGCUUAAGAACUAACAUUAACGGUAACCAAUUAAUUACUAUAACUGUGACGUAUUUAUUAGAAUGAUAAAAACAAAACUAAGCACGCCCCUAAAAUCGAUCCUAUCGAAUAACGAGUUAUUUUGAUGGACAGGGUGGAUAACCAAUAGCGAAAGUCGUGUUGUGAUUGGUGGACCUUGCAGCAAAUGCAAUUGCACCACUUUGUGCUGAGAGGAUGAAGAAGCACAGAAAGUUUAGAAUGAGAAUUGUCCAGGGGAGAUUUAAAAAGAUACACGGAUACCCAGACGCGUAACCUAGAGCCCACAUAUAAAACACAGUGGACCCUGAAGCUAUGUUACAACAGAUAGAACCCCAGAACAUCCUGCCCUGGAUUCUUCUGAACAGCACCCCAGAACUCCCUGCCCUGGAUUCAUCUGAACAGCACCCCAGAACAUCCUGCCCUGGAUUCAUCUGAACAGCACCCCAGAACAUCCUGCCCUGGAUUCAUCUGAACAGCACCCCAGAACAUCCUGCCCUGGAUUCAUCUGAACAGCACCCCAGAACUCCCUGCCCUGGAUUCAUCUGAACAGCACCGCAGAACAUCCUGCCCUGGAUUCAUCUGAACAGCACCCCAGAACAUCCUGCCCUGGAUUCAUCUGAACAGCACCGCAGAACAUCCUGCCCUGGAUUCAUCUGAAUAGCACCCCAGAACAUCCUGCCCUGGAUUCAUCUGAACAGCACCCCAGAACAUCCUGCCCUGGAUUCUUCUGAACAGCACCCCAGAACUCCCUGCCCUGGAUUCAUCUGAACAGCACCCCAGAACAUCCUGCCCUGGAUUCAUCUGAACAGCACCGCAGAACAUCCUGCCCUGGAUUCAUCUGAACAGCACCCCAGAACUCCCUCUGGUGGAUUCAUCUGUUCUGUGUACAGAAAUGCACACAUGUUAAUACUUCCCGUUAAGAGCAGUGCUUUCUGUUCUGUCUUUAAUUGUCACACCCCCUAACAAUAACAGACUCCACGCCUAGUGUUGUGCAUUCAGAUCUGUAGAGAAGCAGCACAUGCUUUUGUGUUGCGUAUGUUUUGCAAACUACAUUAUGGGAAAACUUUCACCCAUUUGUUUUUUUUGGUCCACACACCUGCUGUAUUAAAUCAGCACUAACAUCCUCUUAGAAAUGUGAAACCCUCUGCCUCCCUGAACCGGGUUUGUUCUGUUACCGUCACGCCCAGCCCCUUGCAGUGACACGGAGACUUCUGUGCCAGAAGAUGGAGUUUGAUUUCAGUAAACAGAAGCCUGCCUGCCUGCCUGCCUGCCUCCCUCCCUCCCUCAGGGGAGCUGUAUUUGAGCGGUCAGCCAUUUUAGUGAGCGUGGCUAAUCAAUGUUUCCAUCACUAAUAAAGACGUUUGGAGAAGUUUGUUUGGGAGGCAAUGCUCAGAGCCUCCUUUUUCAAUACACUGGAAAACAGUGAAGCACAGAGGCGUGAAGAUCAUCUACUCGAGACACGCUGGGUCAGCAAUACACUGAAAAACAGUGAAGCACAGAGGCGUGAAGAUCAUCUACUCGAGACACGCUGGGUCAGCAAUACACUGAAAAACAGUGAAGCACAGAGGAGUGAAGAUCAUCUACUCGAGACACGCUGGGUCAGCAAUACACUGAAAAACAGUAAAGCACAGAGGCGUGAAGAUCAUCUACUCGAGACACGCUGGGUCAGCAAUACACUGAAAAACAGUGAAGCACAGAGGAGUGAAGAUCAUCUACUCGAGACACGCUGGGUCAGCAAUACACUGAAAAACAGUGAAGCACAGAGGAGUGAAGAUCAUCUACUCGAGACAUGCUGGGUCAGCAAUACACUGAAAAACAGUGAAGCACAGAGGAGUGAAGAUCAUCUACUCGAGACACGCUGGGUCAGCAAUACACUGAAAAACAGUGAAGCACAGAGGAGUGAAGAUCAUCUACUCGAGACACGCUGGGUCAGCAAUACACUGAAAAACAGUAAAGCACAGAGGCGUGGAGAUCAUCUACUCGAGACACGCUGGGUCAGCAAUACACUGAAAAACAGUAAAGCACAGAGGCGUGGAGAUCAUCUACUCGAGACAUGCUGGGUCAGCAAUACACUGAAAAACAGUGAAGCACAGAGGCGUGAAGAUCAUCUACUCGAGACACGCUGGGUCAGCAAUACACUGAAAAACAGUGAAGCACAGAGGAGUGAAGAUCAUCUACUCGAGACACGCUGGGUCAGCAAUACACUGAAAAACAGUAAAGCACAGAGGAGUGAAGAUCAUCUACUCAAGACAUGCUGGGUGCCGAUGUGGCUUUGUCUAUUACACCUCUGUGUAUCCGGGAACAGUAGAGCCGCCUUUAUCCACAUUCCAGCCUCGGGCAGCCCAGCCGCAGUGAAGAGGCUGGUCCUGACCCUCCAAACCAUCAUCCAGGCCAUGCUGGAGUAGCUGGGGGAGCAGCCAGAGUGCUCCCAUGCUUCCAAUACAUCCCAGAAUUCAUCAACUUCCAUCUCUGCUGUUCCGGGAGACCCAUUUCAAGACCAGGCUUUGGAUCUGACUGUCUGGGUCAUCAUUCACUUAAAAAAAAAAAAGGUGUUGAUACCGAAACCUACAGCAGCUUAGGGUAGAGAAUCUACAAGGCAACUUUCAGUGUGUAAGAGAAUCCACAAUGCAACUUUCAGUGUGUAAGAGAAUCCACAAUGCAACUUUCAGCGUGUGUAAGAGGGCUAGAGACCCAAUACUGAGGAGACUUGAAGAUCUCAUUGUUAAUACACAUCUGCUUCAGGCUGUACAUUGUUUUUGUUUAACAAGUAAAGCCAUGGCAGUUAGACUGGAUUCCUGGACAGACGGCAGUGGUUUGGGAUUGUCCUGCUUUGCAUGGCUGCUGAGAAAAACAGAAAUCAAAUGAAGGCUGUGGCAGUCAAACCCAAUGAAUUCACCCAGAAACACAAAAACAAAGCAGCAAAACAUUUUGCAUACAGAAUUAUUUUUAUUUAACUUAAAUCUUGUAGUAGUGUAACUACUAGAAAAAAAAGCAAGAGCAAGAGAAACUAAAAUUCUCUUCAGCCGUUCAAAACAGACAGGUGUUUUCAUAAAAUGUAAAGAAUCCAGAAACAGAAAUCAAUUCUUACAACAGAAUAUACAAAAAAAAAAAAAACGUUCAAUCAUCUACUGAAUCAUGUUUUUAAUAUAAACACAGGAAUUUGUAAGAAUAAUUUACACACAGCAAAGUCGUUAUUUGUAUGAAACAAAUUGGCCAUCUCGCUCUUUAAUUAUUUAUCAACAAGAAAACAAUGGAAAGUGUACUGUUUGCAGUAAGUCAGAUCCAUAAGGUUUUCCAGUGGUAAAAUCAAAGAAAACAAGUGAUAUUUGUGUGUGUGUGUGUGUGUGUAUGAACACGCACACACACAAACACAAAUGUAUACACAUGCAUGGAACCCUCUAGAAGAACUGGCACCUAAUUAAAAAAAAGUAUGUGCAACACAGAAGUCAAAUUUCACUUUUCUUAGGGAGUCAAUGCAUUGUUUAUACAGUAGAGAGAUUAUACUGGCUAGUCAAUGGACUGGGUGAAAACAAGCACCUCAAAUCCAGUUACCACUGCAUAAGAACAAUGUUAAAAGCAAGCAGACAGCUCAGUGCUCCCUGAAUUGCUUUAAAUGGUCAUGUUUUGGGUUUUUGGAAAGAGUAGACUUUGCAAGUCUGCAAACCAAAUCAAAGUAAUUUCUUUUUUACCAGGUCAAUCUUUUUACUUUGAAAUUCACAGUGUUUGUGAUUAAUGUGCUGCACAAUGAAAAAGAAAGGAGAGUGCUUGUAUGCAAUGUUUUGGUGUGUCCUUUCCCGGUUCAGUAGGGUCAGGAAGGCUCUCGUGGGCUAUGACUGUAUUGAUGACCUUGUUUUAUAUACAGAUAUACUCCCCCACCCACCCCCUGGUUAAGUGUACGUGGUUCUGAGUGACCAAAUAA